UUCGGUCACACAAAGAUAUGUUUUUUAAUUGAAAUCAUGAAACCACUAUCGCUGGAUGUUAUUUCAAGAUACCUUACUAAAAAUGUUAUAGCGGAAGUUUUUAAAUUGAAGACAGACAGCGAUGAAGACAUAGAAAAUAUUGAAUUAACAAAAGCAGCACCAAAUGGCGAAGGUCUCCUCAGUGCAGUCUACAGGAUCAAAGUUACAGGCAAGAGAUAUUCCACAUCCUUUAUCGGGAAGGGUUUCGUUGACAAUGAACGCAUCAAAAACUCUUUAAACUGUGCCGAACUAUUCAGAAGAGAGGCAUUGUUUUACUCUGAUGUGCUACCUAUACUAGUCGAUUUGCAGCAAUCGUUAGGUGCGAGCGAAUGCAUUCAGAACAGCGUGCCUAUUUGUUAUGGUUGUUAUCUGGACGGCGUUAAUGAUUAUAUCGUUCUAGAAGAUCUUGGCGAAAGUCGCUGUAAAUCUUUAACGAAACACCCUACAAAGUGCGAACGGGAUUCAGUUCUAGAGACACUAGCACAUUUGCACGCAGUAUCGAUGACUUUGCGAAUCAAGAAGCCCGAUGAAUUCAAAAGGAUUGCCGAUUUAAUUCCAGAAGCGUACUAUACUGAAAAAAAUCGUGAUUGGUAUUCGAAAUUUCAACACAAAGCUGUAAUGAUAGAUCAAGCGAUUUUAAUUGAACACGAAGAUCCAUCGUCUGUUUACUAUAAAAAAUAUAACGAGCUGCUCGGUCAAGACGUGUACGGGUGCUUGAUCGAAAUGACGACGACUCGUGGAGAUUUCACUGUGAUCAAUCACGGAGACUCUUGGACUCCGAAUUUUCUUCGUUCUAAAGGCAGAACUGUUGCGAUUGAUUUUCAGAUGAUACGAUGCGCUUCGCCAGUUACGGAUCUAAUGCUUUUCUUGUUUAUGUGCACAAACGUUUGCUCAAAUGUCGAACAGUUUGAGGAAGCUCUCGACCAUUAUUAUAAUUUUUUAGAUUAUUUUUUGAAAGACAUGGGCAUGGACGUCGCAAUUGUCUUCCCAAGAGACGCUUUCGAAAACGAACUCAAAAUAUACGGAAAGUUCGGAUUUCUUACAUGCCUGACGUCAAUUCCGCUCUUAGCAAACGAGGGGACCAGUGCGUUACAAUUGACAGAAGAUUUUCCAGAACAUAGUCGAAUACCAUUAGAAAAACUAUGGGACAUUUCACCUAUCAAAAACGAGCAGUAUCAGAUGAGAUUUGUGAACGCUUUAAGACUAGCUGUAGAUGCGAAUCUUAUUUGAAUUGUACGUCCCUCAAUUAAAAUCAAGAUACUUUAAUUUUUUUUUCUGCUCAUCAUAAUAAACUAAUAAUAAAUAAAUAAAUAUUUACUAACAAUCACGCCACUUUAACUGGUCCCGUGAUAAGUUCGUAAAGAACUUGUGUUGCAGGUACCAGAUAACGGAAAUAAAUGUAAGAUUUUUAUUAUACACAUACAUAUAUUUAAUAUACAUCCAUAACCCUGGAAAAUACAUUUAUAUUUAUCAUACAAAUAUCUUCCCUUGGGGGGAUUCGAACCCGCAACCCUCUUGUGUAGUGACCAUGUCACUUACCACUACACCAGACGGCCGUAAUGAACUUGUUCACGUGAUGUUCCUUUUUACGUUACGAUUAUUUUUCAUAUACCGAUUCAUUACAACGAAGCCGUUGAAGUCAUAACGUUAUUUGAAGCGGCGGCCCCGCAAACCGAUUUGUAUAGAAACAUACAUACAAAAACACCUGUAUCUGUGUAGAGAUAAGCCCGUGGAUGAGUCGGCAGUACAUCGGAAUGUUCGGACUCGUGACCCGCUAGACAGCCGAAAACUAAUUAUCGCGGUGAUGUCGGCGUUUACACCGACCAUUUAGAACUGCCGCCUGAGUGCUUUAAUAUAUAACUACCAUACCUUCAACGCCAAACUGAAAAGGACCGAUACGUAGUAUCGUAACAUAGCAUUGACAGGUCACAUAAAAUUUGUCAAUAGGGAAAUGUGAGAAUUCAAUAUGAUCAAUACUUUAACGGACGUUCCGUGUGUCUCUGUAUGUACAAUACAAAUUGGCGCGGAAUAGAGUAGAAAGUGUAUGUAUACAUACAUAAGUGUGAAUUGAUUCAUGUUGUUGUUUCAAACAUUCACGCUUUUAACUUUUGUUGUAAGCAGGUACUAUUAUUAAAAAACCAUUAGUGCGUGACGUAUUUAUGUUCGUAUGUAACAAAGGCUUCAACAGUAAUGUUAGGUGAUCAAAACUAUAGUACUUUUGCGGUUUUCUCGCUUUGAUUAUUUUUAUUAUAUUAUAAUUGUAAACGUUACGAAAUCAAUUUUCGUGGUCACAGACGACUCGGCUUUUAUCGAUGACUUUUAUUUAUACAGAAAAAGCUCUUUAUUCGUGCUUCCUUCAAUUGCGUUUUCACUCGCAUUAAAAUAAUGUGACCCCAUUUCUAUAUACGCGGCUAAAGGUUUCUUUAUUCCCGGAUCUUAUCAGUACAUCGGGGCCUACACAUUGAUAAAAUCAUUACAAAGCUUAGAGGUAUCCAACCGAAUAUCCUUUGCAAGCGCGCUUUUCCAUAUUUACGGUUUCUGUAUUCGCGACAUAUUUACGGAACAUAUACACCGCGUAUAAAGAGCUUUUACUGUAUACCUAAUAUAAGUGAUUUGUAAAAACCGAACGAGUCACUAAUAUUUUGAUCGCCAAUGAUCCAAUUUCGGAUUACAAUUGAUCGUAAUACUGUUUGUAACUAAAAUAUAAUAUGAGUGCGUUCUAUUUGAGUCACUUUCGAAAAAUCCUAAAAGGCACAAGAACCAAAAAAGCAUGACGCUGCAAAAAAUAAUUUCUAAAAAAUUAGUGACGAAUGUUCAGCGCCAUUAAAUGAAAAUACGAUUAUUUUUGGUUUGUACAUAAUUUGAUUACUAAUCUUUUAAACUCAAUCACCAUGGUAAAAUCGAUAUCGAAUUUAGUGUAUUAUUAAUAUAGGUGCGUACAUUUUGUUGUGUUUUGCACGGAUUUCAAACGACAACAAUAAAAUAAUUUUAUGUUUAAUUUGAAAAUCGAAUCCAUUAAAUCCUACGUAGCUAUUGAUAAAUUUUUAAAACUAAAAAAAAACAAAAAAAAAAGUUAAGUCAAUUAUUCGUUUAUUCUCGAACGUUGUCAUAUGUAAAUUCGUGGACACAAUAAGUGGCAAAUGGUAGAGGGCAGACGUAUUGUGUUAGUGUUGUAAUGAACUGAACUGUUUUACAUUUAUGUGCAUAUGUUUAUGUUGCAUAUAAAGCUGUGUUUCUCGGGAAUAGAUAAUUUAAAAAAAAUGUUUUUAACGAUUAUCAAUCAAACUUUAAUCGAAAACUACCUUUAAAAAGGUAGUUAAUAAACAAAAUACGUGUUUCUAAUUUAUUUUAUAUGCGACACAUGUGUAUAUUUGAUAGACGGAAAACAAAUUAUAAAUCAGCUUUGACGGUCCAAUAAAUUAGUAAGAUUUUAA